AUGACUGCCGCGGUCCAAUCCCCAGUCCUCCCAUUAGUGGAGAAGGAGAAGGAGACUGAUAUCACGAUUGCUGAAGCGGAUUCAACAUACUGGUGGCGCACUAGUGGUCAGGAUCUCUCCCGAAUGCUUCAGGAGGCAGGAUAUCCCGACGAGGCGAAGCGCCAAUUUCUCAAUUACUUCCGAGAGACUAUCUGUCCAACAUUGGGGGGUAAACCCGGUGGCAAUGCUCUUAGAACUGCUGUGGGCUGGGACGGUAGCCCGUUUGAAUACAGCUUCGAAUUUAAGGAGUCGACUAAGAGUGCGGGCGUACGGUUCGUAGUUGAUCUCACGCAACUUCGCCCUGGAAACCACAGCGCCCCUCUAACCACUAAGACUACCGAAAAUGUGAUUGAAUCACUUUCCAAAAAGACACCCUUAUUUGACGAUAACUGGCAUCGUGCCCUUGCGCAAUGGUUCGUAUACUCUCAUGCACCCGAAAGCGAACAAAAAGCUUUAGUGGCUGCAGCAGGGUACCAGACGAACAUAAUCAUGGGCUUCGAUAUCAACCCGAAGAUCUUGGACCUAGCUCCGGGAUAUCUUCCUAUCAUGGCCAAGAGUUACUUCCCGCCAUGCUUCGUAUCCGAAGCCAAGGGCUUCACCCGCUGGCAAGCUCUUAGCCUGGGAAUCAGGCAGAUUCCAGAUAUCGGCUCACACCCCAACAUCCUGCUUGCAUUGAAGUUGAUCGAGGACUAUGUGGCGGCCAAGCCUGAACUCGCAGGCGGAGCACGUGGUCUGUCGACUGACUUCGUCAAGGCGGGUAAGGCCCGUCUGAAGAUCUACAUGCGCUACCUCGGUGACGACUUCGAGGAGGUAUGGGACUACUAUACGCUAGGUGGAAAGAUUCCUGAUCUCGAAAGCGACAAGGAGAUGUUUCGGGACCUGAUGACGCUUUCGAGCCCGUCUACUUACACUACCGAAGAUUGGAAGCACACUCAAGUAGAUCCCCGCCGACGCGCAGCUUUCAAGACAAAGCCUACGGCUAUUUACUUUUCGCUCUCUCCCGAUAAGCCGUACCCGAUUCCCAAAGUCUAUUUCUACCCGGCUCGUGCCGCACCUAAUGACAAGGUGAUCGCGCGUGGAUUGGAUGCAUGGCUGACUAAGUACAAUUGGCAUGAUGGAGGAAAGUCGGUAGAAGAACGAGCAGAAACUGUCUUUACCCACAGAAAGCUGGAAGAGAACCCUGGUAUCUUCACUUUCAUCGGCCUUGGAAGGAAAGAAGAUUCUACAAAGAAAGGUCUGAGUCUGCAAGUGUACAUGACCCCUGAAUUAUAUGUAACACCACGUUUUUAG